CGCUUCAACCACGAUGGCAAAUCUCGUGACAUCAAUGAAGCUAUCUCUUUGCAUGAAGAAAGGCCACUGCUUCACCCCGUUGGGCAUGGAUCUCGUGAUAAAGCAUCGAGCAGCUUAGGAAGUGUCAUCUUCCGCUGUUCUCAACAAUGCAGUGGUAUUAGUGGAAUUAAUGAUAUCAACAGGGCAAUCAACCUCUAUCACGACACGCCAAUGUUGCGCCCACCUGGACAUCCACGACGGGACACCACACUUAAUGGCCUUGCAUGCGCGCUCAUCGUUAGAUAUCAUAGUGUGCAUGUCAGCGAUGAUCUUGACGAGGCCAUCAAGCUAUUCCGCAAAUGCCCUCCGUUACCGAAGCCAGAGCAUCGUAGAACGCGCAAUUUGAGUUUG